AUGCUCUGGUUAGCACUCACAUUGUCCUUUAUAGGGCUACCAGCCACCGUUACAGCCGAAUCCCUUGCUCCUGUCGCCUCGCCAGAAGCGUCCUCGUUAGCAGCCGCGCCGUCAACUGUCUAUAGCGCAGCAGCUGCAGCAGAUAAUGGCGGGAAACAGGUUAUUAAGGUGGCUUGCUUCGUGCCGCUGGAGAUUCCUUUCGGCCAGGCCAUAUACAAAGCCGUGCGACUGGCCGAGGCGCAGGUCAACGGCAACGACCAGCUGUUGCCUGACUACACAAUUCAGGUCGUGCCAGUCAACACGAGUCUCUCCACCACGCAGGCUGCCGCCGCAGUGGUGCAAACAAUGCUAGCAGAGAGGGUGGUGGCAGCAGUGGGGCCAAUGACCUCCUCGCAGGCGCACGUGCUCUCGGCCAUCCACACACAAGUGCAGGUCCCCAUGGUAUCCUAUUCCGCCACGGACCCCUCCCUCUCAGCCGCCUCCUACCCCUUCUUCACUCGCACCAUCCGCAGCGACGCUCUCGAGAUGCAGGCCAUCGCGGACCUAGUGACGCAUUUCAGCUGGCUGGAGGUGAUCACAAUAUACAGCGACGACGACUAUGGCCGAAACGGAGUCAACCAGCUGGCGGUGCUGCUGGAUAAGGCGUCAGUGGACGUGGUGAAGAGCAUCGCCGUUCCCCUGGAUGCAUCUCUUUCAGACAUCAUCGUGCGUCUGCUCGCCGCUCAGAAGCUGGAGUCAACUGUUUUUAUUCUCCAGCUCAACCUCGAGCUCAUCGUGCCCGUGCUCACUGCUGCUUCAGAAGUUGGAAUGAUGACGCCAGGUUACGUAUGGAUCGCAACCGAAGGGGUGGUGUCCGAGCUAGAGAACCUGCCGGAGCUCUCCACCGAAGGGAUGAUCGGCACGCGUGUCUUCGUGCCGCCCAACCCCCAGCUGUCUGAGUUUGAGCGCGCAUGGCAGGUGGACGGGGACGUGAACAUGACCAAUGGUGGUGCGGCCGCUGAUCAGACCACACUCUACACUCUCUUUGCUUACGAUUCCCUCUCCCUUAUCGCACACUCCAUCCACGCGCUUCUCUACCCCAACUCCCUACCCCCCAUCAACGCCCCUCCUCCUGCUGCCAAUGGCAACGCCAGUGGCAGUGACAGCGGCGUCAAUAGCACUGGGAGGCUGGCAGGAGGAGACGCAGCAGCAGGGGUAGUGGGGGCGGUGGCGGGGGGUACGAGUGGGGGAGUGGUGGGUUUAGAGCGGUGGCAAGCGGUGGAGUUGCCAAAAGGAGGGGGGGCGUCUACUGACCUGGCUCGGCUGCUGGAGAACCUUGAUGGCACAAAGCUCAUGGCGGCAGUCACACACACGACAAUUGACGGGGUCACAGGGAGAGUGUCACUGGACGCACAGGGUGAUCGCAUCGGCACGUCGUUUGAGAUAGUCAAUGCGGUCAACGGCCGGCUGCGCUCCAUUGGCUACUGGACUACAGAGAAUGGCCUCUCGUCUUCUCUUGAGCCCUCAUCGACAACCAAGGAUUCCAGCCAAUCGGUGCUGGCAGGCGUCAUCUGGCCGGGCGGGGUCUCAUUCCUGCCACGUGGCUGGUUCCCACGUGCGCACACACCAUUGAAGAUCGCCGUGCCAUUCAAGCAGGACUUCACGCAGUUUGUGCAGAUCGCCACCAACGACACCAUCACCGGCUUCUGUGUGGAGGUCUUUCGGGCGGCGGUGGGGCUGCUGCCCUACACGCUUGACUUCGAAUUCGUGCCCUAUGGUGUCGGCAACCAGUCUCUCAGUUACACCGACAUGCUCAAGCUUGUUGCAAACAAGACAUUUGACGGGGCAGUCGGGGACAUCACCAUCACACAGGAGCGUCAGCAGCUCGUGCAGUUCACACAGCCAGUGCAGUCCGCAAGCCUGUCGAUGGCGGUGGCCCAGGAACCCACAAGCACGGGGGCGUGGUCGUUCCUGACGCCCUUCUCGCUCACCAUGUGGCUGGUCAUCCUCGCAUCCACCGUCUUCACCGUCUUCGCCGUGUGGUUCCUCGAGAAGAACCAGAAUGAGGACUUCUACGCCCACGGCAAGCUCUCCAGCCAGAUCAUCGACAGCGUCUGGUAUGCGCUCACCACGAUCGUCUUUGCACAAGACAAGCCCAUUCAGACGACCAUGGGGCGUCUCGCCAUGAUGUGUUGGCUCUUCCUCGUGCUCAUCGUCACUGCCAGUUACACCGCCUCCCUCUCCUCCAUCCUCACCGUUCAGAACCUCGCUGCCACCCCUGAUAGCCUUGCUGUUGCAAUUUCUAUGAAGCUUCCUCUUGGUUACCACGAAGGCUCCUUCACCUACAACUACCUCCUGGCCAUCGGCAUCCCCGCUUCAGUGCUGUUUCCGCUGAAAUCCAUGGCUGAAUUCGCGGACGCCCUGGGGUCAGGCAAGGUGAAGGCGGUGAUUGAUGAGGCGCCGUAUCUGGACGUGUUCAACUCGCGCUUCUGCAGCUACACACGCGUGAAAGAGCAGCUCUCUACCUUCAACUGGGGCUUUGCCUUCCACAAGGAUAUGCGCGUGCCCUACGACCUCUCCAUCGCCAUUUCAAAGCUGGCGCAGUCGGGGCAGCUGCAGAGCAUGCACGACUUCUGGAUCAAGGGCUCCACCUCCUGCUCCCUCGGCCCCUCCGUUUCUUCUACUAGCCUCGGCCCCGAGAACUUCUGGACGCUCUUUGUUAUUUAUAGCGCGGUCGCGGUGCUGUGCUGCCUUGUGUACUGCGCGAUGUCGGCUUAUACGGGGUACAGGAUUCUGAGCUACUGCCGGAAGCUGGAGAAAGAGUUGAAGGAAGUAUUGGAGGGAAGCAAAGCAGGGUCCUCCAGGAAGGGCAAGGCAGAGGAAGGGAGCACAGAAAGCAAGGGAUCAAAGGAGGGAAGGGGCUUCUGGGGAAGCAUGCGCUCGGGGGUGCAGACGAUGAUGGAGAUCAAUUUCUUUCACGCGCUGCUCGUGGGGCUGGGGUGGAAAGACCCCCCUGACGUGCACUCCGCUCUGGUCACCAACCAGCUGCAGCAUAUUGACUUGGGCAAUUACAGCGCUCGUGGUGGUUUUGGUGGUGAUGGCGCUGCUGCUGCUGCUGGGUUUGAUGCUGCAGGUGGGUUCGGCGGUGGUUCUGCAGAGGAAGGGGAGAGAGGGGGUGUGUUUGCCCGAAUUGGUAGCAUGGGUGGGAGGAGUUUCAAGAACGCUGAAGGCACCAGCAGCACCAGUCGACUUGUGAUGCGUCUCAGAAGUUUUGGACAAGAAGGAGAGGAGAGAGGGGGGGGAGCGUUCGACCGAGUAGGAAGCAUGGGUGGGAGGAGCUUCAGCAAUGCGGACCGACCAACCAGCAGCAGCGGUCGUCCGAAGUCAGGCAAUUCCCUCAAGAGGCGUUUCGCCAGGGGAAGCGCGUCGCAGGGAGGAGGCUCUUUCAAAAACGGCGAAUUCAGGGCAGGCUCUUUCAAGUCAACAACUUCGUUCAAAGCAGAUCUGUUCCGGAAGCAACGGUCUUUCCAGCAGUCUAACCUCGGCAAUGAGGCAGCAAGAGAGGCGAGAGAUGCAAGAGAGGGGAGGGAGUCAAUCGAGUCAACGCCAGUCAAGCGGGCAGGGUCGUUCCGAGCAGAGUCAAUGCGUUCAGCCUCGUUCAAUAAGUCCGAGGCUUUCCAAGGGGGCCCUGUGGCCCGAGCCGGAGGGUUCCGCAGCGCUUCUGUUCCCGGAGGUGAAGCGAUCAGGGAGGUGACGGCAACAGGAGAGCGGGAGCAGCAGAGGCAGGAGCAGAAUGGGCCGGAAGGGAGGGUGAAGCAGUUUGUACGGCUGGAGAGUAAGAAAGGCAGCUUCAUGAAAGCGGAUAGUUUCAAAAGGCCAGGAUCUGGAGGGACUGGUGGUGGGUCGGGUGGGGCUAGGGAUAGGGAUGGGACUUGGAGCCUGGGCGCAGGAGGGGUUUUGGCUCAGUCGGGCAGCUUGAGCAAAACGGGCAGCUUUAAGAGAUCGGGCAGUGCGCUCCGUGCUCCCAGCUUCAAGCGUCCCGCCAGCAGUCGAGAGGAGGGGAAUGGGAGGGACGGGAAUGGGAUAGCAGAGCAGCAGCCGCAGCAGUCCCAGCAGGGGCCGAUCUUGAAACCCGAGGGGCUGUUUAAGAAGCUAGUCAGCUUCAAAGGGGCUGAGGCUGGGACGAGCACUGGUGGAGGGGCUGGGAGCACGAACAGAGGGGCAGGAGGAGGAGGCGCGGGAGCAGGAGUAGGGGGAGGAGCAGGGGGAGGAGGAGGAGAGCAAGGGGGUGGGGGAGAGAACCGGCCAGACAUCAGGUUUGGCGGCGGUGCGAGGGGCAAGUUUGAAGGGGGGCCUGUGUGGCGAUCAACCUCUCGUGCGACGACCUUCGUGGCGAUGGAGCCACCGUCGCCACCGCCGCCAGCGUCAGCAGCACCAGCUGGUGACCCACCACCUGUCUUACCCAGUAACGCCGCGCCACGUGUCUUCAACGUGAAUGUCGGCAUUCUGGGGCAUAUCGAUAGCGGCAAGACGAGCCUCGCCAGGGCGCUGAGCACGCUGCUGAGCACAGCCGCGUUGGACAAGCACCCGCAGAGCGCAGAGAGAGGGAUCACCCUCGACCUUGGAUUCUCCGCCUUCCAGGUGGACGUACCCCCAUCCUUAGUGGAUCGAAUCCCAUACGACAAGGUCCAAUUUACUCUCGUCGACUGCCCCGGCCAUGCCUCUCUCAUCCGUACCAUCAUUGGAGGAGCACAGAUCAUUGAUAUGAUGCUGCUUGUGGUCGACGUCACCAAGGGCAUUCAGACACAGACAGCAGAGUGUUUGGUGGUGGGCGAGGUGUCUCCCACCAAGGAAAUGGUUGUUGUGCUCAACAAAACGGACCUUUUGCCUGCUGCCACGAAGCAAGCACAGAUCGAUAAGGUGGGUAGGGUCAUGAAUGGGGAGUAUCUUGCCAUAUCUCGUUCAUCAGACGGCCCUUUCCUCUUUGCCAUCGACCACUGCUUUCCAAUCAAAGGCCAGGGCACGGUGAUGACAGGGACAGUGCUGAGAGGCCACGUGGCAGUGAAUGAUUCGCUGGAGCUGCCUCUUCUCAAGCUGCAGAAAAAGAUCAAGAGCAUGCAAAUGUUUCACAAACCAGUAACUCGUGCAUCCCAGGGCGACCGAGUGGGUCUCAGUGUCACUCAGCUUGACCCAAAGCUCAUCGAGAGAGGAAUUGCAGCUGCUCCUGGUUCAGUCCCUUUGCUCUCUGCUGCAAUCGCAGCCGUCCACCCCAUCCGAUUCUUCAAAGGCCCCCUCACUUCAAACUCUAAGUUUCAUGUAACGGUGGGUCACUCCACAGUCAUGACAACUGUCACCUUCUUCGCUCAUCCCUCUCCACAUUCUUCCACAAACCUCGCAUCAGGUGGAUCGUCAGGCUCGCCUUUCGAUUUCUCUCUCGAUUACCCCCACUUGGAAAAUUUGCAAGACAGUGACACGCUCUCAGCACCGUCAGGCACAGGGCAACAACUAAGCACAGCACCAUCACCAGGCCAGCAGCAGCACCAGGAGCACACAUCUGAGGUUCCAUCACGGCCACGCUACGCCCUCCUAGUGUUUGAAUCCGAGAUCGCAUGUCCGAGUGACGCUUUGCUGAUAGCAUCUCGCCUCGACUCUGAUAUCCACACCAACACGUGCCGCAUGGCCUUCCAUGGCUGUAUUCUCGCCCCCAUUGAUCCCACCACCAUGCACUCAGGCUCCCAGCCUCUGCGUGUUUACAAGCUGAAGAGCAGGGAGGGAGUGAUCGACCGGGUGGUUGACUCGCAUUCUCUCAUCGGCCGAGGGCUCUUCAAGAAGGAAACUGACAUCUCCAAAUUCGUGGGGCUCCGAGUUUCCACAGUGGAAGGAGCACAAGGAACAAUUCAGUCACCGUUUGGCAAAUCAGGCAAAUUCAAGGUGGUGUUCCAGUGUGCAUUGCCCAAGGAGGCCACAGCUGGUGCGCCUCUGCAUCUAGUUUUCAAGCGCCUGCUUUUUGAUAAGACAAAGCAAAUGCUACAGUAG